AUGGGUCAUUCAUUCAAGCCUUCGGCCUUUGUCCUCUUCUCCCUCCUGUUCACCACCUCCCUCGCGCAAACCUUCACAUCAUGUAAUCCAAUGGAGAAGACAGACUGCCCAGCCGACACUGCGUUAGGCGUGGCCAAUUAUACGAUCGACUUCACCAACAAUAUUAUGUCUGAUCGCGUAUGGAACACCACAGCCGGCAAAGUCGAUUUCGAGGAUGACGGCGCGGCGUUCACAAUCAACCAGCGCGGCGACUCUCCCACGGUACAAACCAACUUCUACAUCUUCUUUGGUCAAGUGGAGGUCAUCAUGAAAGCGGCGAAGGGCCAAGGCAUCGUCUCUUCCAUUGUGCUGGAGUCAGACGAUCUGGACGAGGUGGACUGGGAAUGGAUUGGAGGUAACAAUUCAUACGUGCAGACCAACUACUUCGGGAAGGGCAACACCACCAGCUACGACCGUGCGGUAUGGCAUCCUGUCAACAACCCGCAGGAUGAGUGGCACAACUACACCGUCGACUGGACCCAUGAGCAACUGGAAUGGUUCGUUGACGGACAGUCAAUCCGCGUGUUGAAGUUUGAGGAUGCCAAUGGAGGCCAGAACUUCCCUCAGACCCCAUGCCACAUAAUGCUGGGCAUUUGGGCCGGCGGCGAUCCGACCAAAAACGCAGAAGGCACGGUCGAAUGGGCUGGCGGUGAUACCAACUACGACGACGGCCCGUUCAGCAUGACUGUCAAAUCGGUGCGAGUCACGGACGCCGGCAGAGGGACGCAGUAUGUUUACGGCGACAAGACCGGUAGCUGGCAGAGCAUCAAGAGUCUGAACGAUACCUCCCCGAUCAAACUCGACGGCGAGAACAGCGGCUCAACCACACAAUCCAUGAAGCAGAAAUGGAACGGCCUCAGCUCGACCACGAAAAAUAUCAUCAUCGGCGUCGUCUGCGGCGUCGCUCUACUCUGCGUCGCAAUCUUUGCCUUCUGCUGCAUCCGCCAACGCCGUGCCGGGAAACACGAGAAACUGGUCGAAGAUGCCAAAUACGAGCAGAACGCCGCCGAGGUACUCGCUUACCGGGCCAACAUGACUCGCCUGCGCGGCGAGAAGAUGACGACCGCCCAGGUCCGUGUCUCCCCCGUCAUGGGCAACGCUGGUGCCAUGUACCAGAACCAUGGCCAGACGCAGCCUAUGAUGGGCGCCGCGAGUCCGAAUCCAGGUGCCGGCUACGCUAACAGCAACUAUGCCCAGAGCGUCAGUACCUUUGGCUCCGGACGUGGUUACCAGAAGUACUGA